AUGGAAAGUAAUACAGAGAGGCUCAUCUUCCCCACACCACGCCACACCGGUAACUACGCCAGGCUGCUGACUACGUUAGCUCGGGAUUUGAGUAGUUACACUUUGUGUCUGCGCGUGCGAACAGACAUGAGCUAUGGCAGUGGAAUGGCAUUGGUCAGUUACGCCGUAGAAGAACACAAUAACGAACUGAUGGUGGCAGGUGACGGUGAUGGCGGCUUUCUGCUAUUUGCAGAUAAUCAAAAGGCUACCACAGCUUACCUGACUGUUCGGGACGAUCUGUGGCACUCACUAUGCGUUACCUGGCGAGGAAACAAUGGUUCGUGGCAGCUCUACGCUGAUGGUGAGCUCAGAGAUUCAGGAUCGGGGCUUGCAGUCGGCGGUAGGAUAAACAGCGGCGGCACAUGGAUUCUUGGACAGGACCAAGACACAGUUGGAGGAGGAUUCGAGACGUCUCAAGCCUUCAGUGGAGAACUGUCGCAUGUGAACCUCUGGGACCGCGUGCUGUCUCCAUCUGAGAUAGAGGCAGUAUGGCGGACAUUCUGUGAACACCAUGGUAACGUGAUUGACUGGACAGGCACAACAGUAGCCAUUUACGGACUGGUCAGCAAGGAGCAGCAUCGCGUCUGUGAGACGUGGCCUUCCUAG